GACUUCUCCCUCCUUUACCGCUGUGACCGAACCGUCUUCUCUACUCUGACGGACGCAGACUGGUCCUCGCCACGUUCCGAAUGAAACGCUUCACACACGCGCGCUUUUCCAAGUUGUAGCCGCGCCGUGUGUUCCUUCACGCCGGAUCUGAUCUACUCUCCCCGGGCUCAUUUGGUUUACAUCAGCGACUGAAAGUUUUACCAGGAGGCUCUGAGCUUCAGACGUCCAGGUGAAGCACAAAGAAAGAAGCUACAAGAAAGGAGACCUACUUCAAGCUGACAGCCAUGAAGACCCGAGUGGCGGAUCAUCUAACGACUGUGUUUUUUAUCAUCAGCCUCCUGUCAGCUGGUUCAAGUGAACAUGACCUUUUUCUGGAGUUUUGUGGCAAAUGGCGCCACGGCAACAAACCCUUGAACGUGGACAUCGACGUCUCUCCAGGCUGUGAGGGGCUCAGCGUUUCAGCCAAUGAGAGUUCUCUGUUUGUCAGAGGAAAAAUCACUGCCGAGUGUAAUAGGACUCAGGUGAUUUCUCUCGACAAAUAUGUAAUUGACCCAGAUAUGAACUUCUGUCUGCACUGGGAGCCUCUGCUGGACCAGAUGAUGCUUAAGGUUGGAAAAAGAAAUCUUAUUCUUUGCCCUCCUUCAAGUCCUGCACAAAAAUGUUGCACAGAUUUAAGUAAUGGGGCCAAUAUGCCUGAAGCAGAAUAUGGUAUCGCCAAAGGAACAGUCCGGAAUGAUCCGCUGCAAGAGAAAACAUUGGAAGGCUACAACUUCACGGGACAGCACACCAACUGCAAGAAGUUGUGUGACCAGGCUAAAGGGCUCGUCAAAGGGUUUCGCAACACCGAACAUCCAUGCGCUCAGAGAUAUGAGCAAGAGAUGAAGAAAGAUUUCAAAGGGAAUAAAGUCUCCAAAAGUGGACCAAAGCAAAAGACAUUUGUCACCGUUGACAUCCCUUCUGACCUGAAACCACCCAAGACAACAAAGAGCAAAAUGUCCGUCACAUUCCUUGAGAAUAUCUCCAUGUUCCCGGCUUUCUCUCUGUCAGCACAUGAAACUGUAAGCUCCAAGGAGGCCAGACCUCUCAUGGAUGUGGUGGAAAUCUCAGUGGAGAAUGAGAACAUCACUGAUCUGCCUGAGCCGGUCAAGAUUUUCUUUGACCAUGAAUACAUACCUUGGAACCUCAGAAGAAAAUGUGUUUCCUGGGACACUCACAGAGAUCCUUUGGAGGUGAACUGGUCGACGUUCGGAUGCAAGACAAAGAGGAAAGGAUCACGGCACACGGAGUGCCAGUGUGACCAUCUGACUUACUUCACAGUGCUGGUGCAACUGGAGCCUAAACCGGUGCGCCACCUAUUGGCACUUACUGCUAUUACAUAUGUAGGCUGUGCAGCGUCCUUCAUCAGCUGCGUCGGGCUCAUCGUGUUUUUCUGCAGGAACAGGAGACGAACCAAGGAGCAGUCUGUAGCCAUCCACCUGGGCUUAGCUCUGGCCCUGGCCCUCCUCAGCCUGCUCUUCUUCUUUACUGGGAUUCUGGCCAACGUGGGAGGUGACGAUGUGUGCACCUGGGUGGGGGCCUUGCUCCACUACGCCCUGCUCAGCUCCCUCACCUGGAUGGGGAUAGAAGUGCUUAACACCUUCUGGUUGAUCUACAUGGUGUUCAGACCCUCCCCACGGCCCUACGUGUGGUACCUGAUUGGUUUUGUCCUCCCAGUUGUUCCUGUUGGUAUCCUGGCUGGUGUGGGGGAUAUUUAUGGAAUGGCAGAAAUUGAGCCGGAUGAUGACAGAGAUGAUCCUUAUCGGAUGUGCUGGAUGAAACUGAAUGAACAAAAUGCCUUACUAGCUCACUGCUUCACCACCAUGGCGCUGCUGGCCAUCCUGGUGUCUUCUGGGGUCGUGAUGCUCUUCCUGGUGUUCCGGGAGAUCCGCAACAGGGACGAGUGGAAGCAGAACCGGGUGGCUUUCCUCAGCAUCUGGGGUCUCAGCUGCCUCUUUGGAGUAACCUGGGGUCUGACCUUCCUGACUAUUGAGCCACUGUCAGACUUUAUCCUCUUCCUCUCCUGCUUCCUGAACUCCUUUCAAGGUUUCUUCCUGAUGCUGAGGUUCUGCAUGAUGAACUGGGUCCGGAAACAGGCCAGCAGGUCGGUUCUAGGCAGCACCAGCUCCGGGUCCGUCAAGCAACACAUGCUGCAGACGAGCGAGAAGAGCUAGCCGCUCCGAGUUCAAGGUGUGAGGUCGACUGUGAGACUCAGAUCACUGUACAUGACAAGAAUCAGUCCAGAGGCAGACUUGUGAGCUCAGGUUUUCUGUCAGUUUGUUACGUUGUGAUGUUCAUACACAGAAUGAGCACUGGCUGAACCAAUAAGAUUGAUACAAUCACUUUGAGGCAGAGUUAAGUGGUAGAACCACUGACUUAGAGUCAAGGUUGUGAUGAUGAAAUGGUAUGAUACUCCUAACAUGCUACUGAUAUUUCAUUCCAUUUGAAGCGCUUCUCAGAGACCAAAAUCUAUAUUUAAGCUUUUUUAUAUCAAUUUUUUUCAACAUAUUUUAUUUAAUGGACCUUAUAAUAAUCUAUCAGUUAUAUCACUUUUUUGCAGCAAAGAACAACUGAUUGUGUCCCGUGUGGGUUUGGUUCUGACUACAGAUUGUUUUCUAAUGGACCUUCUUCCUGCAGGUCCCAUUAGAUUUAGAUCCUGGAGCUUUUCACAACACACCAGCAUAUAUAGCAGCUUCACAUGCUGACACCAGUCAGCUGUAAGUGACAUCAUCUAACUUAUGGCCUAUAACUGGUCUGUGAAAACCAUCAGAUGUUUAUAAGUAAAGAUACUACCAGAAUCUGACCGUUUUCAGCUUGAUGGGACGCUGACAGCUGAGUCCUAGAGUGUUUUUGCAGUCAGUGAACGCACCAUAACAAAGUCUAUUAUACGAAAAAAGUAGCUAAAAUGCUAAUUUUAUCUGUAAUGCUAACAUUAGCAUAACGGCUACCACAAACAUGUUGAUCGCACUCUUUGGUGUGGAUAAAUUCUCAGGGGGAUUCACCAGGAGACUGCUAGUGAUGCUACAUGCUAAUAUAAGACUGUUUCAAAUAUCCCCUCCACAAUAAGUCAGUGAUUGUUUUAAAAUAGCGGCGUCUUUUUUCAAUGUCCGCUCACAAACACCCACACAGUGUGACAUUGUGUCUGAUGAGAAUAUAAAUAAUCGAGGAUUGUUUCUGGCUGGAAGGUUGUAUAAAUAUGUACAAUUCUAUAAUUACAUCGUGAAUCAGCUAAAAUCUGCCUCUGCUGAGAAAAGCCGAGGAAAAGUGAAAAAAAAAAAAAAAGUUUCCCUAGCAACAAGGUUGAAAAAGUAUCAUCUGGAUCUGGGUUUCUGUAGAAAUGCAUCGCAAGGUUACUGUAGAUGUGAAUGCUGAUGUGACGUCUAGUUAAACCACAUCUGACUGGUCAGACGUUUUAAAGAAAGCACUGAUGGGAAGUUAUCUUAUUAAUUUUUAUUGCUUCUCUUUCUCUUAAGAAAGAGAAACAAUAUUUAACAGAUGUGUUUUUUCCUAUUGGUAAUAAGAAAAGUCAUCACUGCAGGGCCUGUUGCUGUGAAGCUACAAGAUAAUUCUUCUUUGUUCCCUUCAGUAGUUUUGGUUCUGUUUGGGAUUAAAGAACUGAAAACACAAUAUUAGGAAAUUUUUGUAUUUUCUCUGCUUCAUUGGUGUCAGUUUCACAUUGAAUAUAUAAUCUGACCUCCUCAUUUGAGACGCAGGUGCUAUUUUUACACACGGAUAUUUGUGAAUAAACAGGAAAUCAAGGUUGUGCAACGACUGUUCCAUCUGAUGAAAAUAUGAAAGAAGAAUAUGCGGGGUUCUAGCGCAUUACUUCAGGUGUAAACCGGUAGAAGUAGUUGAUGAGUUGCUCGUAUGGAAGAACCCGCCUCCCAGUUCCUCAGGAAGUCUAAACUCAGGCCCGGAGCCUGAGCUGCAGAAUCCCUAGGCUGGUUCUAGAUGAAAAUUAAACUGCUUUGGUUCAGAUUUAGAAUCAUUUAGAAACGUUGUUAAGCUUUAUUACAACACAGAAACAUGAAGCUUAAUGUCUGUAUGCUACUGUGCUCUGAUUAGAUGUUAUUGUUGAAGAUAAGCUUUUACAUUUCAGAUGUUUCCUCAUUUUGUUCUGUGCUUUUGUAAUUGAUAGUUGAAUAGUGAAAUAGCACUUUAGACUGCUGUUAAGUUGCUUAGCCUCAGUUAGUUUGAUGUACACCCAGUGGGCAUUAGUAAUGAAAAAUGAAAUGUUUUAUACAGAAAAUGUGAUAUGUUUUGGUGUAUUCAGGAAGAAUAAUAAAGUAUGGAAUGUGUUUUAAGUUAGAAUAAAACAAUUUACUGCUGCAGAAAUAGUUAAACCCCCACAUUUAGAAUUUUGGUGAAUAAAUGAUGUUCCUUCCCAGAAGAACACACACGUUUUUAGAUGCUGUAAUGUUUGCACUUUUUUAUUUUGAAAGAAUAUUUUUCAGUCAAAUCCUUAUGUAUAUCUGACCAUUUGUAUAUGUCUGCAAGGAUUAUUAAUAAAACAUGUUUUGGU